AUGAAGGAAAAUCAGACAGUGGUCACAGAAUUCAUCCUAUUGGGAUUUUGCCUUGGUCCAAGGAUUCUCGUGAUACUUUUUGGACUUUUCUCUCUCUUCUACACCUUCACCUUGCUAGGGAAUGGGGUCAUCUUGGGGCUCAUCUCACUGGACUCCAGACUGCACACCCCCAUGUACUUCUUCCUCUCAAAUCUGGCCAUUGUCGAUAUUGCCUAUGCCUGCAACACAGUGCCCCAGAUGCUGGUGAACCUCCUGAAACCACUCAAGCCCAUCUCCUUUGCGGGCUGCCUAACACAAACCUUUCUCUUCUUGACUUUUGCUCACAUUGAAUGUCUUCUCCUGGUGGUGAUGUCCUAUGAUCGCUAUGUGGCCAUCUGCCACCCACUCCGAUAUUCUGCCAUCAUGAGCUGGAGAAUCUGCAUCACCCUGACUUUGACUUCCUGGGCCUGCAGCUCACUCCUGGCCCUGGUCCAUGUGGUUCUCAUCCUGAGGCUGCCCUUCUGCGGGCCUCAUGAAAUCAACCACUUCUUCUGUGAAAUCCUGUCUGUCCUCAAGCUGGCCUGUGCUGACACAACGCUCAACCAAGUGGUCAUCUUUGCAGCCUGUGUGUUCAUCUUGGUGGGGCCCCUGUGCCUGGUGCUGGUCUCCUACACCUGCAUCCUGGUUGCUAUCCUGAGGAUCCAGUCCAGGGAGGGCCGCACAAAGGCCUUCUCCACGUGCUCCUCCCACCUCUGUGUGGUGGGGCUCUUCUUUGGCAGUGCCAUUGUCAUGUACAUGGCCCCCAGAUCCAGCCACCCUGAGGAGCAGCAGAAGAUCCUUUUCCUGUUUUAUAGUUUUUUCAACCCUAUGCUGAACCCCCUGAUCUACAGCCUGAGGAAUGCAGAGGUCAAGGGUGCCCUGAAGAGAGUGCUACACAAAGAAAGUAAUUCCCGAAUGUUAAUGACUUUUGAAUUGCCAGCCCCAGUCUCCCGGAGUCUUCCUUCCUAAUUACUGCUGACAUCCAGAGAAAGUCACUAUUCUCUUCUGAUCUGUACUUUAAUGACACAAGAAUAAGCCUGCCUCCUUCCUUUGCAAGGAAAAGUUUGGGUGUGUUGCAUUCAUUGGCUUCCUAUGAAAUGUAGUUUAAUCAGAUAAGAUUUUACCCCAAUAUUUCUCAUUGAAUCUGGGAAAUAAAAGUUAUUUAAAUUCAUUUUCAGGGCCCAAAAUCUGAAUGCAGUCCAUCUACUGCCUUAGCCUAGUUAUAUAAACUUACUAACUGCAACUGUCAUAAGAUUUUUAAGAAAAAAGAUAGCUGCAGUCAAAGGAGGCAAUCCACAAAACCCAGAAGCAUCUGUCCAUUCUCACAAAAUUGUCCUUGCCCUGUUAAACGGUAACUCCAAGUUGUUCAGUUAAUUGUGUUGCAUUCUGUUAAGAAAUGUUACAUGACAAUAUUGACUCACAAAGUUAACUCACAGUCUGAGUGGAAAAAAAAAGCAUUGCAGGACAGAAGAGAAGGAAAGAAAAUCAAUAGACUGCAUGGGGACAGUAAACAUCAUCUACCAAUUUGUCAGAUGGCUAGCUGGUAGCUAGUAAAGGGGAGCAAAUGGCAUUCUCUCCCAUUAACAGGCUGGAAAUGAGUACCAAAGAUAAAUAUUUGGGUUAUUUAUGGAUUUUUCAGAAACUUUGAUGGUUACACAUAUGCACAGACUAUAUGUGUUUUUUUUUUCCAGUGCCUCUCCACCAACACUUUUACCUUCGUUGAUGUAGAUAUAUAUCACUUCCCUCAUUAGGAUAUCUUACCCUUGAACUGGGAAAUUUUCCAAAUACACUAAACUCCUAGCUGCCUACUGAGCCAUGAUGGUGGAUAGAUCUUUGCUGAUUCAAUCUGCUUCAUAACCAGUGAGUAGAGAUAAGUCCCCACACAUUUUAGGUGACGUCCCUAAGAUUAGAAUGGACACCUGCAUCCAGAGUCAUUUUCUGUUUCAGUCUAAAGAUGAACAAAAUUUUGUUCAGAAUAACUGUGUUCACUUAGGAGCUGACAAGUAACAACCCAGCUCUUAAUUGCCAUGUGUGGGUGGAGAUACCAAGACAGAGCUAGCUGAAUUUAAAAACAAAAUGAUUUUUUAUAAUAGCUAACUUGAUUAAUCACCUACUCAACUGCAUCUACUAUAUAUUGAUAGCACAUUACAUGUAUCAUUUGAUUCAGUCAUCAAACAAAAUCCUUUAAGAAAAUUCUAUUAUCAGUCUAUUUUUAUAACAUGUGCAUACCAGAAAGUAGCUCACAUUAGACUUGUACUUAAACAAUGGCUCUCAAGUCCCCUACACUUAGCCCCAACAAUGCAUAGUAGUACCCGAGUUGUCAGUGUUAUUAAAUAAAAAACAAGGCUAAUUUACCCCAGGAUAGGAUGUGUUAAGUGAAAGAGUUCUUCUUUACGGCCUAAAAGGUUCUAAGGUGAACUAAUCUGUCUUUAAUUUUUUAUUUUUUAUUUUUAUUUUUUGGACAGGCAGAGUGGACAGUAAGAGAGAGAGAGAGACAGAGAGAAAGGUCUUCCUUUACCGUUGGUUCACCCUCCAAUGGCACUGCGGCCAGUGCACUGUGCUGAUCCAAAGCCAGGAGCCAGGUGCUUCUCCUGGUCUCCCAUGUGGGUGCAGGGCCCAAGGACUUGGGCCAUCCUCCUCUGUGCUCCUGGGCCAGAGCAGAGAGCUGGCCUGGAAGAGGGGCAACCGGGACAGAAUCCGGCACCCCAACUGGGACUAGAACCCAGGGUGCCGGCGCCGCAGGCAGAGGAUUAGCCUAUUGAGCCGCGGUGCCGGCCAGUAAUCUGUCUUACAAGGCCCAGAGGACCAGAAAUUGUAUGAGAUGCUUACGCAGAUUCACGCAAAAGUAAUGGAGUUUAGAGGAACACAGAACAUGUAGAUAAAAAUAAACAUUUUCAUUGAGAUUAUAGACUUAGUUCAGCUGAAACCUGAAAUCAACACACUGCAGUCUGCAGUCACUCCUUUAUCUCUCUUUUUUUGUGCAUAUGUAUUACUGAAACUUACUAACUUUGGGCCAGUCACUAAUCAUUUCACAUGUAUUAUCUGAUUUAAUCAUCCAAACAAUCCUUUGAACCAGAAGAUAAUCAAAGUCUUACUUUACAUAUAUGUGGAAGCUGAGGCACAGAAAAGUUGAUAAUGUACCCCAAAGCUAACAAGUACUCAGACCAGGAUCAAACUAAGGCAUAAUUUCUAACUCUGUAGUCAUAACCAGCAUGUACCAUGGCCACUAUGGAGCAUAUCAGCAGAGACAGCAUGAGAGUGAAACAAAACAAGUGAUUAAGAUGCAGUGAGGGGGGCCGGUGCCAAGGCUCACUUGGUUAAUC